CUCUGUACUACUCUUCUCCCGAAUGGAAUCUCACUCUCUCACUCCCUAAAAUUCUUCAAUUUCCAAAUUCUCAACCCGCCAAAUCUCCCACUAUCUCUUACUGUUCAAAUCUUGAAAACCCUAAUUCCCCUCUCAACACUCCAAACCCUCUAUUCUUCACAAUUUUCGCCCGAAAAACCCUAAUUUACUACCAACACAGGUUUUCAAUCUCGCUCUGCAAUGCCUUCUAUAUCUUCGCCGGGCAAAAUCCACCGAAUCGAGCUCGAAAACUUCAAGUCGUACAAAGGCCUUCAAACCAUCGGUCCAUUCUACGACUUCACCGCCAUCAUCGGUCCCAAUGGCGCCGGAAAGUCUAAUCUCAUGGAUGCUAUCAGUUUCGUGCUCGGCGUCCGAACCGGCCAGCUGAGAGGCGCUCAGUUGAAAGAUUUAAUUUAUGCCUUCGACGACCGCGAAAAAGAGCAGAAGGGUCGAAGAGCCUUCGUGAAAUUGGUGUAUCAGUUAGGUAAUGGGACUGAGAUUCACUUUACGCGUGCGAUUACGAGUGCUGGUGCUAGCGAGUAUCGGAUUGAUGGGAGACAGGUGACUUGGGAUGAGUAUAGCGCGAAAUUGAAGUCGCUCGGAAUUCUCGUCAAAGCGCGCAAUUUUCUCGUUUUUCAGGGUGACGUGGAGUCAAUUGCAUCUAAAAAUCCAAAAGAACUUACUGCCCUUCUCGAGCAAAUCUCUGGGUCCGAUGAAUACAAAAGAGAAUAUGAAGAACUGGAAGAGAAAAAAGCAAGAGCCGAAGAGGAAUCAGCACUCGCUUAUCAGAAAAAGAGAACCAUAGUGAUGGAGAGAAAGCAGAAGAAGGAACAGAAAGAAGAGGCUGAAAAACAUAUUCGCCUGCAAGAUCAACUGAAAUCUUUGAAGAAAGAGCAUUUUUUGUGGCAACUAUUCAACUUUGAAAAGGAUAUUGCGAAGGUUAAUGAGGACAUUGAAGCUGAACAGAGAAGCCAGGAAGAAAUUGUGCACGACCUGGAGAAUUAUGAGAGUGAAGCAAGCAAAAAGAAGAAAGAACAAGUCAAGUAUUUAAAAGAGAUUGCACAGUGUGAAAAGAAGAUUGCAGAGAAAAAGAAUAAACUUGAUAAGAAUCAACCUGAGCUCCUAAAACUAAAGGAGGAGGUAUCUCGCAUAACUUCAAAAAUCAAAAGUACUUCAAAAGAUCUUGAUAAAAAGAAAGUAGAAAAGAGGAAGCAUGCAGAUGAAAUAAAAAAGCUUCAGAAUGACUUGCGGGAUCUCACUAAGCAACUGGAGGACUUGCAUGAACAAGGUCAAGACGGUGGUGAAAAACUUCAGUUGGCUGACAGCGAGUUAGAGACAUAUUUCCGAAUUAAAGAGGAGGCUGGAAUGAAAACUGCAAAGUUAAGGGAUGAGAAAGAGGUCCAAGAUAGGCAACAACAUGCUGAUAUUGAAGCUCAAAAGAAUCUGGAAGAAAAUCUUCAACAGUUGGAAAAUCGGAAGCAAGAGUUGGAGUCACAGGAGAAACAAAUGCAAACUAGACUAAAGAAGAUACUUGAUGCUGUUGGGAAACAUAAGGAAGAACUCAUACGAGUGAGAAAGGAACAGCGUGACAUGAAAGAAAAACUUGGAGAUUCUCGACGCAAAUAUGAAAUGUUGAAGGCUAAAAUUAGUGAAGUAGAAAAUCAACUGCGUGAAUUGAAGGCCGACAGGCAUGAAAAUGAGAGAGAUGCUAGGUUUUCCCAAGCAAUUGAGACUCUCAAGCGCCUGUUCCAUGGUGUUCAUGGUCGUAUGACCGACCUUUGCAGGCCAACACAGAAAAAGUAUAAUCUUGCUGUCACUGUAGCUAUGGGCAAAUUUAUGGAUGCAGUAGUGGUUGAGGAUGAACACACUGGGAAGGAAUGCAUCAAGUAUUUGAAAGAGCAAAGGCUUCCUCCUCAAACAUUCAUUCCUCUGCAGUCAGUUCGUGUAAAGCCUGUCAUUGAGAAGUUGCGCACCUUAGGUGGAACUGCAAAGCUGAUCUUUGAUGUAAUCCAAUAUCCUUUUCUAUAG